GAGAGGGAGAGAGAGAGAGAGAGAGAGAGAGGUGCGGAGGUGAAUGUGCACCUUCACCUGAUCGAUAUCGAUCACCUGUCUUAUUGACAACACAUCGGCGUGUCGAUGCUAGCCGAGGGCUAAGGCAGGCUAGCAUAGCAGCAUGGGGCGCGCGUGAUGCUAACGACACAAACAAGGAAGAGCUAACGUGGCUAACUGCUGCUAACACCCUUGCUAAUGUGCGACCCAGGAGCAGCUAACUGCUAAUAUCCUUUCUAAUGUGCGAUCCAGGAGCAUGCGGGCUGAUACCGAGAGUUGAGCGGCCGGGGGAUGUCGGGCAGUAAGGCGCUUGGAGGCGGGGCUAGGCGCAGGAGGACACGGUGCCGGCGCUGUCAGGCGUGCACGAGGAGCGAGUGUGGCGAGUGUCACUUCUGCAAGGACAUGAAGAAGUUCGGAGGACCAGGACGCAUGAAGCAGUCCUGCCUGCUGAGACAGUGCACGGCGCCCGUGUUGCCGCACACAGCCGUGUGCUUGGCGUGCGGCGAGGCGGGAAAGGAGGACACGGUGGAGUCGGAGGAGGACAAGUUCAGCUUGUGUCUGAUGGAAUGUACCAUCUGUAACGAGAUCAUCCACCCCAGAUGCCUUCAGAUGGGCAAAGCCGAAGGCGUCAUCAACGAGGAGAUCCCCAACUGCUGGGAGUGUCCCAAGUGCCACAAGGAGGGGAAGACCAGCAAGGACCAGGCGGACAUCUUGGGCAAGCGCAGGAUGGACAACGGCGAGGUGGGCCGCUGGAAGCUGACGGACGACCCGCCCCCCAAGAAGAAAGCCCCGCCCUCCCUGGAGGAGGUGGGCAGGUCGGAGGGGGGGCACAAGAGGAAGCGGGAAAAAGACGUGCCCGUGGACAGCGGGCCCAAGAAAAAGAUGAAAAGUGCACACGAAAAACGUCUGAAAAAGAAACCCAAACAGGAAGUCGAGGAGUCAAACGGCCCCGCUUCUUCAGCCGGAGGACCGGCUCUAGGCCCCACCUCCUCCUCGUCUCUGACCGCAGACGGCGGGGUAGGGCCAGGGGGGGUGUCGGGCGCAGAUCAGCGCUCUCAUCACAGAGAAAAACUGGAACGCUUCAGGAGGAUGUGUCUGCUGGAACGCCGGCCUUCCUCCUCCUCCUCGUCCUCAUCCAGCUCUGAGUCCGACUCCGAGUCCGACUCCGAGGACUCCCUGCAGGAGGAGCAUGGUGGUGGCGGCUCCUCGCCCUGCUCGCCGUCUCUGCCUCCUCCCGUCACCUACGGCAUCAGCAGCGGGAGUCGGGCGGACAAGAGCCGUCGUCUGGCCGAACUGGGCUUCAGCGCCAGCGAGGACUCGGAGGGCGAGGAGGCGGGAGACAAGGCUCGGCGGCGAGCAGACUCCUCCGUCCUGCCGAGGGGGAGGAAAGGAGCCGACGAGGAUGACAGGACCAGGAAAAACCUUGCCUCGCUCCUGCCGCCCUCUCCUCUCUCCUCCAAUCAGAUGGCUCCGUCCUCCCAACAUGGCGGCCUGACAGCCAAGCAGCGCAGCAACGGACAGGAUGCACGCAACGGCCGGACACGAGGAGGCGUGGCGGGCGAGAAGGAGAACGCCAGCAGUCUUUCCAUCAAUCACAGACACAGCGGGGGUGGAGGUGGCGGGACUAAGAGUAACAAGAGUCGUAGCAACAUGAAGAACCAGACCACCGCCGGCUCCAGAAACUUUUCCACCUCCAUCCCCGCCUCCAACGGGGAGGGAGGGGGAGGCGGCUUGCUGAUGUCAGCCAUGGCUGCGUCCCCCUGCUCCCGGUCGUCCCGCCUGGCUCCACGCUCUCACGUAAUGAAGCGCAGCCCGCCAGCCGUGCCGUCGCCGCCACGCCCCGUCCAAAUGGAGAGACACUUGGUGAGGCCGCCUCCCACCUGCCCCGAGCCCAGCUGCCUGCCGCUGGACUCUGGCUCCUCCCAUAUCAUGACGCGUGACGUGUGGCUGCGGGUGUUCACGUACCUCAGUCAGCCGGAGCUGUGCGUGUGCAUGAGGGUGUGUCGCACGUGGAGCCGCUGGUGUUGUGACAAAAGGCUGUGGCGCCAGAUCGACGUGAGCAGACAGCGCUCCAUCACGCCGCCCAUGCUCAGUGGAAUCAUCCGCAGACAACCGGUCUCACUCAACCUGGGAUUCACCAACAUCUCCAAGAAGCAGCUCAUGUGGCUCAUCAGCCGCCUGCCAGGUCUGCUGGAGCUCAACGUGGCGGGAUGCGCGUGGUCGGUGGUGUCUGCGCUGUGUCAGAGCACCUGUCCGUGUCUCAGGUUGUUGGACUUAAGUCGCGUGGAGGACCUGAAGGACUCUCACCUGAAGGAGCUGCUGGCCCCGCCCCCUGACACCAGAACAGCGCACAGCGAGACGCGAGCGGGGUGCUUCCACAACGUGACGGAGCUGAGAUUGUCCGGCCUGGACCUGACGGACGCCUCGUCCCGCCUGCUGGUCCGCUACGUCCCCCGCCUGGCCAGGUUGGACCUGAGCCACUGCGCCAACCUGUCGGAUGAGACCGUGCAGACCCUGACCUCCCCCGCCUCGCCGCUCAGAGAGACGCUGACACACGUCAGCCUGGCGGGGUGCACCAAGGUGACGGGGCAGAGCGCUACUCUGCUCCAGCAGUGCCCCUCCAUCCAGACGGUGGACCUGCGCUCCUGCUCGCUCCUCCCCUCCGAGGCGGAACUGCUGCUGUGCUUACCCCUUCGGCCGUCCUCUUCCUCAGCCGCCGUGCUCGCUGCUUCCACUUCCUGUCCCCCUGAGGACAGGAUGCUGCUAAAGAACAGCUAAACGGCGUCAUUGGACAUGAGCUUCUGAUACUCCAGGUGGGGAGGAAGAAGAGGAAGAAUCCUAUCCCUCGGUGUGUACAUACUUGUUGUGUGUACAAAAGUGUGCACGUGUGUAAAUACCUGUCCUUUAUUUACUGUAAAUGAUGUCGCACCCCGACAUUCCCUCCGCUCACGCAGCCAAUCAUCACGCCUGCUCGCCGGCCUCAGAGCAACAGGAAGUGCUCUCUGUCUUCUUCCACAAUGCUAGGCUAGCUAGCUUAGCUGUGUUGAGUCUGCAUGUUGGCAACCCCAAGCUAAGCUAGGCUAACCAGCCGCCGGGCGUGUGCACGCGUGCUUGUCCUCCGGGCCACAAACACCAUCCACGGUUUUCGUUGUACGUCUCUUUGUCAAAAGCCAUUAAUCAUCUUUCUCAGGUGCAAGGUUGUUUUCGCCUUCCCUGAAAACGUCUCCUUCAUUUCAACGUUGUAUUCUGGCAGCUAGGCUAGCAGCUAGCUAACAUGUUAGCUUCAGAGCUACACUACAAAUGAAUAAGCACGCUUUGCUAGCUUGUUAACAUGUCAACAAACUGAGGUCAUUAGCGAGCUUCCGCUCUACAAACGGUUUGAUGGAAAGGCGAAAGGAACAAAAGCUCUGGUGGCAGCUUCCUAAAAGUUUGAAUAAGCUUCUUUUUUUUUUUUAUUGUUUACUGAAGUCUUUGACUGUUGGUCGGACAAAACUGUGACAAAAUGUCUUAUUUGAAUCCCACUGUGCUAGCAGUUGUUCCUGUUAGCAGUGUUGUGCCAUAAAGAUGUGUUCAUGUUGCUUGUCUUGGUGCUGAUUGGACAAGCUCCUCAAAGCUCUUAUCCAAUCACACCAGCCGAAUAUUCUUUGUUAUUAUUAUUCUUUUUGUCUUGAUGGAUGUUUUCUACAAAUGCACUGGAUCAUCAUGACCUUCAUCCUUGUUUGCCAAAACGUGUUUUUUCUUGUAAAAAAAAAAAGGCAUUUUCUCUUUUGUUUUUUUAUACUUUACUUGAGUGUCUGGAAAUUAGGGGAAGAAGAAGAAGAAGAAAAAGAGCAACUCAAGGCAGCUACGUAUGGGUUGACUACUGUAAAAAUGACUAAUAAAGAAGCAAUGAGUUGUUGUUUUUU